UGGAAAGAUGAAAGGAAUAAAAUACCUAUUACAUAUUGGAAGAAAAUGGCUCAUGUUUUAGGAAAACCAGUACCUCUAGAUAAUAAGAAUAAAGAUGAGUUACCUAUUAUAAAAAUAAAAAAGGACUAUGUUAGUAUAGAAGAGAAAAAAGUACUAAUGAAAUGUUAUAGACAAUUAAGAAGGGAAGUUCAAGGUGAAUUAUCAGUUGGGAUGGAAACAUUAGAAUGCCUGGUUGAUGAUUUAAAUAAGGAAUUAGGGAUACCGGAAGACCUAGAGGGAGUUAGCGAAUUAGAAAAAGAACAACAAAUUCAGGUUGAGGAAUUAUUAGAAAUGAAUAAAGAUCUGUCUGUAGAUAGAUUAACAUGA